GCCCUCUGUGCCUUGCCGCAGAUUAUUCCUGCCUGUGGAAUUGUCGCAUGAUCUCCUUUCCUGCAACGGUAGGUCGCGGUUGGUAUGUCACUCGGUAGUGACUUGGCCACUUCCCGUAGUCUCCGGGCUGUGCCUUCCUCCCGACUUGCUGUUGCGAGACUAGUAAUUGUCAAUGGCGGAUGCCAUCCAUCGCGUUGAACUGAAACAUUGAUUGUGUCCUUUCAAGCGGCAUCCGGGGAGUCUGAUGGGUCAUGAUACGAACCGAUCUGAUCAAUAAUGUUGCGUCUAAGUCCUACCGUCAUUCGCGUCACCCUCUCAGAGGUCAAGCAAUACGAACGCCAGCGCAAGGCCCAUGACCGCGGCGGUCGAGGCAAAAACAAAGUUACGAGUCAGCAAUCUUCUAUGAGUAGCCUACGUCGCGUUUCGCUGCCACUCCGCUUCUUGCCAGGCGACAUUCUGCCCGACCAGGAGGGCACCGAGACACAACGCAGUCCAACCGACCUCGAACAUGCCAAUGAUGACGAUAAUGUUAUUAUUGAGGAUAGUGAAAAGAUGGACACAUCCUUCAGUAACGACGAAGAUGGAGAUGAUGGGAACGAGACGAUGGAAGACACCUACGAGGACCUGAUACCGGGCCUAAACACUCCGAGGUUGCCUCUCCCUCUACCUUUCUCCGCGACAGCAAGAGUAACAACAUCAACGAACCACCCUGGAACUAUCGUUCAGCUGUCGAGGGGCUUACGACAAAGCGAACCAAGACGGACUGCACGUUUGCCACCGGAAAUACUAUUGCCACGACCAACAGCUGUCUUCUCUGGACAAAGAAAUCCUUUGGUGAUGCAGACUUCGCGACAAGCACCGGCCCACAACGACGAUAUGAUGAACACAUGGCAGCCACAGACACCUAGCAAUCUGACCGAAGUUGAGCACCACGGACGGCUGCAGCCGCCGUCUCCGCCGAGUAUACCAGAUCCUCCCACGAGGUCACCUCGACAUGGUGAGAGAGCAAACAUUCCCGUUGAAGGGACCAGUCUCCAAGACAUCAGGCGGAUCGGCGGCACUGUAGAUUUGGAAGGGACAAGCCUAGACGGAAUGAACAUACGGCGUCUUACGGACCAUCGCCAGGAUGGACCAGACGAGAUACAGAAAUUGGAAGAGUAGAAAAGGGAGGGGCGAUGAGAGCACGGGGCUCCUUACGUAGUCGCUCAAGACUGUCUGUCAGAUAUCAAUAUUUACACUGGUAGGUUAUCGUAUCGGUAGGGGGACCUUACUGGAGCAGUCAGUUGGACGAAGAAAGGUCGACCAGCG